ACAAAAAUUUUAUGGUGGAUCAAUGUGAAGACAUUUGUAAAAAUAAAAAAAUAAAAAAUAAAAACGAUGACGAGGAUUGCAAAACCAUGCCUGGAUAUCAACAUCGUUGUAAAAUAUGGAAAAGUAAAGGAUUUUGUGAAGGAUAUGAUGGUUUUUGGGAUGAGGAUAUUAUUAAAAAAUAUUGUGGACCAAUUUGUAAUUUAUGUUGA